AUGACAUGCGGAGGUUGUUCUGGAGCUGUUACUCGUGUAUUGACCAAGGCGCAGCAGGAAGGAUCAGUUUCGAGUUUUGAUGUUAGUUUGGAGACCCAGCUCGUGAACGUUAAAGGUCCUAUCGAAAAAGACGCCCUGGUAGAGAAGAUCCGGAAGACGGGUAAAGAGGUGAGGCCGAGAUCAUGGUUUUCUGGACCUCGGAUGACUUAUCGAUGGUAUGGCUUCUAG